AAAGGAUAAAUAUUCAUUUAUAAAUUGAAGAAGAAGAAAAAAAAACAUUGAGCGAGAAGAGAUAAUUUCGUUGAGGAUACUGUCUGUUUUGUCCUUCAUGUGGGAAUCAUUUUAAGAAGAGAGAGAGAGAAAGAAAAAAUUGUCAAAAGAAAACAAAAAAAAUUCGUCUGAUUAGUUUUUAUUGUAAAAUGUUUCUUUUUGAAAUGAAAAGUGCCUAAUUUUCAAUGUAGCUACAUAAAUAAGUGUGUGAACAAAAUUUUAAGUCCCUUUCGCAUUGCGACUACACUUUUGCAUACUAUCUCAGAUGAAUUGAUAUCAAGAGACAAAAAAUAGAAUUCUAAAAGAUGUUGAAGUGAAAUGAUCAAUGGCAACACCUCAAUAGAGCAAAAAUUUAACUAUAGGCAAAGAUGACUAGCGAUAACACGAAAUGAAAUAUUUUGUAAUAAACAUCCGUAAAGUUAAGUAUUAAAGAGAUAUAGGUGAAUUUUUAUUUAUAAUUUUACUUCUCUUGAGCUUUCUUAUGUUUUUCAUCAUUCAUCAAUUUCCUUUCCUUCAUAUAUGUGAAAACACAGCAAAGGAUAUUCAAAUUGAGCGUUCACACACACACACAAAAUACUUUUUAAAUGUUUCUUCAUUAAAAAAGUUGAAAAGAAAGAGAAGAGAAGAAGAGAAAAUAAUGCGUGCGAAUUGUACUUUUUGCAGACUUUAGUGAAACUGUAAAAUUUUUGAACAAAAUGGAUAAACAUAUAAGACGUCUCUUAAAUGGAGAAGAAGGAGAAAUUCGUUUGCAUAAGUAUAUAGUAAAAAGAAUUCCAAUAUCCAACAUGUGCUAAUUCUUAGCUUAACCGAAUCAUUUUAUACUAUACAUGAUAAAGAAGAUGAAAAAAGGAUAUUUUUUGAAGAAAAGAAAAAUAAUAAGUUCAUUUCAGUGGUUUAAAAGCUCAAAAUUUUUAUAUUUACGUAUUAUGACUUUCACACAAAAAGCGCAGAAACAAAAAGAGAAGGGAAAAAAACCGAGGGUGGCAUUUUUGUGGUGCUCUCGCAUUGAAAAAACGUUAUCAUUAUAGGUACACAAGUUCAUCCAAAAGAGUCUUUUUUAUCUGAUUGUGAAAAGAUUGAGAGGAAGGGGAAAAAAACAUAAAUCAUAGGAAUUUUUCUUUGGGAAAAUGAGAAAAUAAAUCUACCGUGAAUUGAUAUGGAAAAAAACUAUAUUGAAUAAUUUAAGUAUGUUCAAUCUUUAAAGGAAAAAAUGUUAUAAUUUGAUGUAAUCUAUAAUAAUAAUAAUAUAUAAUGAACGAAUUCUCUGGGAUUUGCCUUGCUUCCGCCUGCGGAUGUUCCUCUCAGUGUUUCUCCUGGCAUUUCACCAUUACGUCAUUCAAUAAUUCAUCUCCAUCUCUUGCGGACAUGCGCUCACGGCCAGUCGCCAUAAUUUCUCCAUUUACGCCGAGAGUGAAAACCCACUCGCCUUUUCCGCCUCUGCGGCUGUCUGUUCACUUUCCUGGCCAUCAGCCACCGCCACUCGAGUGCCCUGAGUGACUCUUCCCGCGACCGAGCGUGCAAAAUGCCCGGCGGGGGCUGCUGAAGGGACUUUCUGCACCUCCGCACGCCAGACGCGAAGGUGGGCAUUGUCGUGGGCUGUCGUCCGUGGGAGGCGCUCCAGUGGGAAAAUUCCGCUCAUCUCUAUCCUCUCCGGCAGGUUGUGAUGAAAAUGGCCGGCGACUACACCGUUGGGUGCGCGGCCAGGAAGAAGGCCAAGUCGCGCUCGGCCGAGAAGCGGGGCAGCACGGGCAACGAGGGCCUCUCGGGCGUCCAGCAGCAGCAGAACAAGAGCGGCGGCCUGCGAGUCUACAAGAUCGUCAUGUUGGGCGACGGCGGUGUUGGGAAAUCCGCUGUGACUCUGCAGUUCGUCACUCGCAGUUUUUUGGAGUUUCACGACCCGACUAUUGAGGAUUCCUACCAGCAGCAGGCGGUCAUUGAUGGCGAGGCAGCCCUUCUGGAUAUCCUGGACACAGCCGGGCAGGUGGAAUUCACGGCGAUGCGCGAUCAAUACAUGCGAUGCGGCGAGGGCUUCAUCAUUUGCUACUCCGUGACGGAUCGGCACAGCUUCCAGGAGGCGUCAGAGUACAGGAAACUCAUCACGCGUGUCCGCCUCACGGAGGACAUACCGCUCGUGCUGAUCGCCAACAAGCUAGACUUGCAGUCCCAGCGAAAAGUAACGACGGAGGAGGGAAAAAUGCUGGCAUCGGAGUUUGGGUGUCCCUUCUAUGAGACCUCGGCGGCGCUGAGGCACUACAUCGACGAUGCUUUCUACACUCUCGUGCGGGAGAUCCGCAAGAAGGAGACCCAGAGGGUGCUGAGCAAUGGCUCGAGCACGGAGAAGAUUUUCCACAAGAGGAGCCGAUGGUGGCGCAUCCGGUCGAUCUUCGCUCUAGUUUUCCGCCGACGAAGGCAUCUCAACUAAUUGGGCAGUAUUUCUCAGUUCAGUAGAGGACACCCGGCAAUGCAGUGUAGCGGUUCCUAGUUGUAUUGUUGAAUUUUCUAUCUAUAUUCUACUUACUGGAUCAUUUCAUCUGUGAUUUAUGCAUUUCAUUUCAAAACUGAGAGUUUCUGUGUACAGAGUUUGUAAUAUUACCGCAAUUAGUCUUCCAUUUAUCGUUUAUUCACGGUUUUAGACAACAAAUGUGUGUUGAGAGAAGGGUAAUUUCACAGAAAACGAACUCCUCGCUUAUCUUACUUUUGCAAAGUACAUUUUGUUGUUGCCAUAUGAAAAUCGAACAAGAGACCACACAAAAAGUCAUAUAAAGGAGAAUAAUAUAAAAUACAGCAAUAUAUUUCGUAGAUUAUUAGCUUGAAUGUUUGUCGUAGCAACAAAACACCUUGCUAAAAUUUUUCGUGUAUCUCCUAAAUUGAACACACUCGAGUGCAGAGAUUUCUAGGAAUUCCGAGAGGCAGGCGAAGUGUGUGUCCUUCGCAGAAAAGCCUGGACAAAUCUGCCACUCGUCUGUGUUGUGCAGUGUCGUAAACAAGUGUUCUCAGACCCCAAAAUACCAAUACUAACAAUAAGACGCUAGCGGCGAAGACUUUGAGGAUGAAAUGUACAUUUAUCGGGAACAAGUUCUUUUCUAAGGGUAAAUUCCAAGUAAAAUUUGUUGACGAACAAGCCGAAGCGCAGCGAUUUUUAAUAAAUUGUCACGAGGCGAAGGAAAAAUCAUUUUACUGCCUAAAGAAUAUGAGAAUUAUUUCACCUUGAGACAUUUUUGCCACAUCACGAUUGGAGUUUUCAUAGAAAAUGGAUUGAAUAUAGUAUUAUAUUGACGCCGUAGUUUAUAUAGAUGAGAAAGAGAUGGAAGAAGAAAUAUUUCUAUCAAUGUUUGUAAAAGAUACCAGAGAAAAUAAUAUUAUAGUUCCAAAUAAAGCAAAUUUUUCCUUGUUUA